AUGCGUGAGAUCGUUAUCGUGCUUAUGGAGGGAGUUCCUGACGGUGUUGAUUAUCAAAAGAUUGUUGAUGAUCUUUGUGCAAUUUCUGGAGUGUGCAAUAUACAUAGUUUACAUGUCUGGUCACUAUCUUUAAACAAAACAGCUUUGUCUGUUCAUAUUGCAGCAGAUAACACUGAAGAUGCUAUGACAAUAUUGAACGAAGCCCAAACAUUGCUUCGUCGUGAGCAUUCUAUCAAUCGAACAACGAUACAAGUCGAACUAUAUAAUAAAGCUAUUAUAAAUUCAUGUGACACUUGUCGAGGCCCAGAAUCUUAA